UAGGUGUGUUAAAGCUACAGAGUCCCCGGUGUCGGGUGCUUCACCUGGCUAGGCAAGGCGGCUGCGGUGGCCCUAGGUGUGCGGCAGGCGCCCGUGACAGCAGCGCCGCGGUGCUGGCGACCCCGGCUGGGGGCCGCUGCCGACUUCGGUGGCAGGACCGUGCCGCCGGGUAGGAUGGGCUGCGAGGCUGGAGCGGCUGCGGCCGAGGGUCCCGGGGGCCGCGUCAAGAGCCUUGGGCUGGUGUUCGAGGACGAGAGUAAGGGCUGCUACUCAAGCGGCGAGACCGUGGCUGGGCACGUGCUGCUGGAGGCGGCCGAGCCGGUGGCCCUGCGCGCGCUGCGCCUGGAGGCCCAGGGCCGUGCCACCGCCGCCUGGGGCCCCAGCGCCAGCGCCCGGGUCUCGGCCAGCACUGGUGCCCCAGCUGCCUGUUCGGAGGUGGAGUACUUGAAUGUAUGCCUGAGCCUGCGGGAGCCCCCGGCCGGUGAAAACAUCAUUUUAUUACAGCCUGGAAAACAUGAAUUUCCAUUUCGCUUUCAACUUCCAUCUGAACCUUUGGUAACCUCAUUUACUGGGAAAUACGGCAGUAUUAAGUACUGUGUGAGGGCUGUGUUAGAACGACCCCAGGUACCAGAUCAGAGUGUAAAAAGAGAGCUCCAGGUUGUUAGUCACGUGGAUGUCAACACACCAGGGUUAUUGACCCCUGUAUUGAAAACUCAAGAGAAAAUGGUUGGCUGUUGGAUUUUCACUUCUGGUCCAGUCUCGCUGAGUGCCAAAAUUGAAAGAAAGGGCUACUGUAAUGGAGAAGCUAUUCCCAUCUAUGCAGAAAUAGAGAACUGUUCUUCUCGUUUGAUUGUUCCUAAGGCAGCUAUAUUUCAAACCCAGACGUAUUUGGCCAGUGGAAAGACAAAGACAGUCCGUCACAUGGUUGCCAAUGUGCGAGGAAACCACAUUGCUUCUGGGAGUACAGACACAUGGAAUGGGAAGACACUUAAAAUUCCACCUGUUACUCCAUCCAUCCUGGACUGCUGCAUUAUCAGAGUGGACUAUUCCUUAGCUGUAUAUAUUCACAUUCCCGGUGCUAAAAAGUUGAUGUUGGAGCUGCCAUUAGUGAUCGGUACAAUUCCAUACAGCGGCUUCAGCAGUCGGAACUGCAGUGUUGCCAGCCAGUUCAGUAUGGACAUGAGCUGGUUGGCACUGACCUUGCCAGAGCAACCUGAAGCACCACCAAAUUAUGCAGAUGUGGUAUCAGAGGAGGAAUUCUCCAGACACAUUCCUCCUUAUCCUCAGCCCCCUGACUGUGAAGGAGAGGCGUGCUACCCUAUGUUUGCCUGCAUACAAGAAUUCCGAUUUCAGCCUCCACCUCUUUAUUCAGAGGUUGAUCCACAUCCUAGUGAUGCAGAAGAGACCCAGCCUGUUUCCUUCAUUCUGUGAGCAACUUCUAGAAAUCACUGUUCGUUACCUAAUCAGAAUGUUGGUUCUUUCCCCUGCCUUUUUGGAGGACAAAGUGGGAGGCUUCACUUAAGAGCAUAGACCACCCUCAAGACUGAAGAUGGCAGAAAGUAAGAAAUAUGAGAACUUUCUAGAAGGCCAACAGGAGAAUUAUACAAGUUUAUAGGAUGGUCACGUGCCUGCCUUAAAAACCAAAAGAAGAUUUGAAGUGAAAAUCUGGAAGUCGUAAUGAUGGUAGAGUAAGUGAAGGCAUGCCUGAGCUGCUGGAGUGAGGAAUCUUAAUGAGGGGAAUGCUGCACAAGUGUUUCUGACCGGGGUUCGCACAGUAGAAAAGUGUCUCAAACCUCAGUUAAUAUGGAUGCACUGUGAAAAGACUUGACUUGGGGAAACAAGACAGCAUUGAAGUGAGCGUAAAUAAGGAAAGGGCCUGUUCUAAAUGUGAGUGAGACCCUUGGGUUUCAGGGUCUUCGUGAUUUCUUACCAUGUUAUCAUAGCAAGCAUCAAGGUCCUUGGAAGAAUCCUUUCUUGAGCUGGUGAUCAUGUGAGAUCCUGAUGUGAAGUGAUAGAGUUCCCACUCCUUCACUAGGAGGAUAAAAAUGUACUUUAUAAAUGAGCUACACAGUAUUGGGAAUCCUAGAAGGGGUUCCUUAAAAGCUUGCUGCAUCAGAAAGAAAAGCGUUUUCAGAUGAAAGGUGUGCUUCGUGGAAGCCUUCACUUUCACCACCUUUAAGUACUUCUACAAGAUGUAUGUUUGAUUUUUCCUCAUAUAUCUAGGGAAUAUUGAAGAAAGAAGGGGUCAGCAUUACAUCUUUAGGAUGCCUGAUACCUACGAAAAGAAAAAAAAGGCAUUUUCUUAACCUACCUCACUAGUGGGGUCAUCAGACCUGCUCUAACUCUAGGCCUGAUCUACCUUUGGAGUUUCUGCUGUUUGCAUAGCAAACUUCUCCACUUGGCAGUCCGUCUGAAAUUGGAACAAGGGAAAAGUCCAUGAGCUUAGCAUUGAAUGAAAAUAAACAUAUUAAUACCUAACUAUACUUUAAGUUCAAGAUCAAAUGAGGGUAGGAAUACCUAAACUAAGUUCCUAUUGGGCACCUUAAGUGGAGGAAUGGCAGUUGUGGUAUUAUACAUUCUUAGCCCAGUUCCUUAGGAAUGUCAUUUAAACUGUGAUUUUUGUUUGUUUGUUUGUUUGUUUGUUUGGGUGCAAUAUUUUGUUGUCAUUGUACCUCAGGCUAUUCAGACCAAUGGGAUCGUGUUGCUGUUGGCAGUGGCGCCUGUUUGUCCCCUCCCCUCCUGUUCACUGUCCUGCUCAUUUGUUUUGCCUCAAAUCUGUUGGUUCCAUGAGCUGAGAAGUUUUUUGACAUGAGGUGAGAAGGAGAUAGGAUUCCAUUCCCUCCAUAGAAAUUCUGGACCAGCCAAAUCCUAAGGGUUUGAUCAAGAAACCCUGGUGCUUCCCAGGAAAAUACUGUACCACUCCUUGAACAAUGAUGAAUUUAUCUUUCAUCACUAGAAAAGUCCUUCUAGAGUUUAAUGUUAUAUUUAAAAGUCAGUGGACCUUUUGUUCAGGGAUUUUUGUACAAGCAUUAGGUUAAAUGUAUGCUUGUCUGUUCUAAGCAUACCUUGUGAUCAUGUUAGCAUCAACCAUAGUAAGCCAGUUUAACACCACACCAAAUGCUUUUACCAGUAACUAUGUUACAGGAAUUGUCACAAAACCUUAUUUCUCAUUUUGGUUAUUAGAGGAUUUUUUGGUUUUCUUUUUGUUGUUCUUUUUGUUGUAAAUGCUAUCUAGACAGUUUUUAUUUUUACCGUAGAAAAGGUGAUCUGCUGUUUCUUGGCUUCCAGGCAGUACUUUACAUGCUGUGUCAAGACAUGGUCCGUCUCCAUGAAACCAAAACAAAGGGAGAGAAAGGAACAGUGUGGACAGAGAGAAAGCUGAACUCCUUGGCUCCUUGUGCAAAAGCCAUGGCAGUCAGGUUGAUUAGGGAAAUCGUGAAGUCCCCCUGCAGAAGCAAAGCCGAGCUGGUGGUAGCACUUAAGAGAAGAGCUCUGAGUGUGACUCUGAUGGGGUCUAUCUGACCCUGAGCAUAUAGUCAAGAUAGCCUUGGAUGGAUGAAAACCAACAUUGAACAGAGAAGCCCUGUAAAUGAAGAUAAAAGAUUAGCAGCAAGGACUUCCUGUUAUUCCCCUCCUACUCUCAUUUAGUUUGGGAAAAAUAAAAAGUGGCCUUAGAAUUUUCUUUUUGAUGAAAAAUUUAAAAUUACAAGUGUGCGUCUUUCGGCACAAACAAAUCUUCCCUUCCCUGGGCAGAACUUUACCUUAUGUGUUUUUGUUUUGCACGAUAAGAAACUCAGUACGCAAAGGUUAUGUUUUUGAUAAGUUCAUGAUCUUUUUUAAUCUUAUUAAAAAUGUAACAGUUUAACCAAGGGGUAAGUCAAAGAUUGUAUUUUGUACUCUUGUUUGAACCCCAUGGGUUCCUUUUGUUAAUAAAAUGGUUGUACUAAUGCGA